AUAACCCGAAUGGGGUUGAUUUUGAUAAACCUGAAAAACCGAAACCCGAAUGGAUAAAACCGAAACCCGAUUGGGACCCCGAAUGCCCAUGCUUAGGUAAAAUCCAAAUGUGGGUUUCUUAUUUCUUUUUUUUAAUUUAUUUUAUUUUUUUUGUUUGAAUGAAAAAAAUUAAAAGCUGCCAUGUAUUAGUGGGACCUGCGAACAGUGCAAGAAACCAUCGAAUAGCGGUUUUUGUUAUGGCUAUUCUUCAACCGGUUUUUGUUUUUUUGUGGCCCCCUCUCCCCCUGAUAAUCCUGCCCUUAGAGUUUGGCCUUACCUUACAUGUGGGUCAGCCUAGUAAUUUAAGGACAUUUGACUUCUCAUUCAGCACACAAAGAGACUUUGAAUCCUAAAUUGGACAGUGGAAAAGUCGUCCUCGGAAAACGCAUAUAAAUACUUUUUCUUUAUAAUGUAUAUCAAUACCAUAUGUGCUCUCAUAUCAUAAUCCAUAACAAUAGCAGAGCAUCAAUGGCGUUUCACAGUGAAAAGUCCAUCUUAGUGAAGAUCAUUGUCUUCUCUCUGCUACUUCUUCUUCCCCUAUCACAAAGCAACGCUGCUCGUGUUCCUUCGACCCCCAGAGUUCCCAUCGGCCCCAGGCGACCGAUUUGCCCGGCUUGUGUGUGUUGCGAGCCAGCGCCAAUAGGAAGGUGCUGCAGAUGUUGUGCAUCUCCUAUCGUCACUCAGACUCAUCACCACUCUCAAUCUCCAUGAAAAACAUAAAACAAUAAAGCCCGACUAAUGAUGAAUCAUAAAUAAAGUCCUUUGUAGUCCAUGUUUCUGCUUCCAUGUCCUAAUAAAAUAAUAACACUCUAAUUUUAAUAUCAGCUCUUUCUUUUGUUGGUUGAUAAUUGAGUUUCUCUAUGUUUACGGCUGUGACUUUAGAGUGUUCAUUCAAAAGAUUCACAAGGAAUAAGAGACGCAAGUCUUCAUUAGUACUAUACUACUAACAUAACUCUUACUAUUCGUAACACAACUAUUUAUUUGUAAUGACAAAAAGUUUCACUUGUAAUGACAAAAUACAAGCCCAACCCAAGUAUUCAUUUAGUAGAUAAACAAAAUCUGUCAAUUAAUUUAAAGAUCAAAAUCUACAUCAAAUCAACUGAACCACAACAAUUUGGACAUCUCGCUCCGAUCAUGUGUAAAUCAAGAAUAUAUACAGAAACGAUGAAAAACAUGUCCACACUUACAUGAACGCUUAAUCUUAGUUUCCAAAGACAUACUAACUUUGAAACAUAAAUAAUAUGGGCUAUGUUUGUUUUUUGAAAAAGAAAAAGGUAAUUAUUAUUAUUACCUCGCUUUUUGAUAAGAGUCAUGAGAUAAUAAAGGGUAAGAGGUAACAAAGAGAGAGAGUGGAGGACAUAACCACAACCAACUGGAUCAAAUUCGUUUUGGUAAUAUUGGCCAUGUUGAUUCAGUAUCCUUACAAAAUCUAGUUUCAAUUUUAUCGACGUCAAAAAUAAACAAAGUCAACUGUUUUAUGGAGUUUGAUUUCAACUUUUAACGAAAACUAUUAAUCAAUAUCUUAAAUACAUUAUCUGCGAAAAAAUAGUAAAUAAUAAUCAAGGAGACAUUUGAACAUUUAAAAAACUUUGUUAAAUUGAAACCACCAAGACUAGCCACUUACAAAAUGUUCUGGUAGACUUUAAAGAAUCAAAUCCUACCAGUACAAUUUCAUAGUCAUAGACAAAAAUUCUGGGAAGAAAAGAAUGAGCACUACCAGCAGUCUCAAACAGAUUGAAUGAUCAAAAAAAUUAUAAACUUCUUCAGAUUUGCGUAUUAACAAGAGAUCUAAAGUCUCCUCAUCAUAUACAUUGAGCCGUCAUUCAUUCAUUCUCGAUAGUGUGAAUUUUCGGUUGCUUACUUAGUCAAUAGUCAUAUAUACUUGUUUACUCUCUAUAUUAUUUUAUUGCUAGACUUCUUGACCAACUUUGCUCCAAUUAUUUGUUCUUGGCCUAUAUAAGCAUCACCUACAAUGGUUUCAAACUGCAAUCAGAAAUCAUUUUCGUAAGUUUCUAAUCAUUUUUUAGCAGAACGUUUUCAAUGGCAGCCGAGCGAUCAAGCUCAGUCAUCCUCCUCUCUGUUCUUGUACUUGCUUUGGUCCUGUCUCCAAUCCUUCCAUGUCAGGCAGCUCGAGCGCAUCUAGAUGUUGAAGGGCGUAUGCUUCUCCUGCUGGGAGCACAACGAGUACCACCACCGCCACCAAUUCGCUUCUGUCCUGCUUGUGCGUGUUGUGCACACUGGCGGAGGCAGCAUAUAAUCAUUUGGGUCAAUUGACCCUGUGAAUUUUGAAGAUUUUUUGUUUUGCAUGUAUGUCUUGUGGAAACAUAUGAUGAGUUUAGCUUAAUGACCCUUGUAAAAUAUAUGUAUCAUCAAUUUGACCCCCUUAAAACAAAA